AUGUCGAUUUCGAACGGGAAAACUUCGUCCGACAUCGAGAACGUGGACUGGAACUCGUCCGGGAUGUUGACUCACACCAGGUACGGUUCCACCAGCAGCCAGGUGUCGCAGAGCAGCGGCGACAUUUGCCGCAUCUGCCACUGCGAGUCGGACACGCUCAACCCGCUCCUGACGCCCUGCUACUGCUCCGGCAGCCUGAAGUUCGUGCACCAGACCUGCCUGCAGCAGUGGCUGACGGCGUCGGAAACGAACGCCUGCGAGCUGUGCAAGUUCCCGUUCAUUAUGCACACGAAAAUCAAACCAUUCAACGAGUGGCGCAGCCUGGACAUGUCCGGUGUGGAAAGACGUCGGCUUUGCUGUGCGGUUCUGUUCCACUGUGCGGCCGGUUUGUGCGUCAUUUGGUCGCUGUGUGUGCUGAUCGAACGAGCCGCUGAGGAAGUACGCCGUGGCCAGAUUGGGUGGCCCUUUUGGACUAAGUUGAUCGUGGUAACGGUCGGGCUUACUGGCGGCGUCGUCUUUAUGUACAUUCAAUGCAAGCAGUAUUUGAACCUUUGCAACCGCUGGCGAGCGAGAAACCGCAUACUGCUCAUCCAGAACGUCCCGGAGAAAAUCCAUCCACCGCAAUCACCACAAAUGCCCCAGUUCCGGCGGGUUCAUACAGCGGCCACAUCCGGCCAGUCGCUCGGUGGCACUAUGGGCAUUAACGCAGUCAAUAACGCCGUCACGGCAACGGCCAACUCGGCAGCAGCGGCCUCAGUCGCCCAACUGAACGUCUGCCAGUCAUCGUUCGAUCACCCACUUGGGACGACGGCUGUAACGGUUAGCGUUGGUGGAAGUAGUGGCCCUUCAACGGGCGGUGGUGGUAACCAUUGCGAGCUGCAACUGAGCCAACAGGGUCACAUUAUUGCGGCAAACAUCGAGAGCAACUCGAUCGGUGGGUACGAUCGAGACUGGACACUGGACGAUAUCAGUCAGGUGUCGUUUAAACCGUGCCUGCAGGGCAGCGGAAGCCUCACACCGAUGCCGUUUCAUGAUUCGGUGCACAACAUUUGCGAAACGACGACCGGGAGUGGCAGUGGCGUUAUGGUGAUGAGUGCAGCCUCAACCACGGCCGCAGGAUCUGCUGCCACCGGUGCUGGGACGAGUGGUAGCAAUAAUCAUCGCUAUUCAACCGCGUCCAGCUCGUCAAAUCAAUGCGCUCAAAGUACGGAACAAAGUGUAACGAACAAUAAUGGAGUGGGUAACGGUGGGGCCAGCAAACCGAUGGCCGGUGCUGAGCUGAAUCUGUUAAGUAAGCUCAAUAGCGUAGCAUCGGAGAGAAGCAGAAGCAACUCGCCGAAUGUUGGGACGGCGGCGAUGAUUCCUCCAACGGGUGCGGGUGCGAUGGGACGGUACGUGAAUUCGGCCAUAUUCCUCGAAAACCGCGACAUUUUAAAUGAUCCUUGCGUCACGGAGGUUAGGAACCAGGAGCCGGCUAGCAAGCUGUACCAUCGUCACUCCACGGUACUGGCUGGGUCGUCUUCCGGAUCGUCCUUUGGCCGGGAGGAUGGAGUGGCUGUGGGAGGAACAGGUGGCGGACAAGCCGAACCGAACAAAACAUUCCGGCGCUACUCGGACACGAAGCUGCUGCAGAAGCAAUCACUCAGCUUCCCUCAGGAACCGCUCGCACUGUGUGAGAUUGGCACGCACACCAAAGAUCAGCUGCUGCUGAAUCCUAAAAGUAUCAUCUACGAUAUGACCAGCCUGCUUGGGCCACCGGUUGAUGCGAAGGACACGGCGAAUGGUGCCGAUCGGCCGGUGAUCGCUGAAAAUGCAAAUAAUCGGCAUCAUCACGCGCACCAUCACCAUCACCAUCAUCAUCAUCCGCACCAUCACCAUCGGCAUCAUCAUGCGUUCCAUCAUUAUCCUCAUUUAGCGCCGGAUGGCCGACCGAGCGAGGAUGGUACGCAGCAGAAUGCGAUUCAAACGACAGACAUCCAGUUCGAGAGUGGUGGCGCGUUGGAUGAUGACGCACUGGAGAUGAACAUCCAGGAUAUUCUCGAAUACGACCAGCUUCAGCAGCAGCAACAGCAGCAGCAGCAGCACUAUUACGCCCAGGACAAGCAGCACCGUGUUGGUGUUGAACAACGGCUGUCGUUGGAGAACAUUUUGCAAUCCUCGUACCAUGAUGAUCCUGGUACGGAAGCGAUACGACCGUACUACGAUCACCACGGCCACUCGAUGCUGUCGCUGAGUCUCGCUAGUAAACCGCAACCUGCGUCCUCCGCUCUGCUUCCGGGCAGCCGUCCACACGGUCAGGUGAUGUCCGCCCUGUCCACCGACUAUCCGUAUCCGCGCUCGACGAUGGCCGGUACCGUUGUCGUCGCUGAUAGCGAUCUGCACCGUCCCUAUCAGCAACCGUCACAUCCGCAAUUGCAGCAGCAGCGGUCGCACUGUUGCACCGAAACGCCGGACGCAAGUACGUUCGGUGGCGACAGCAACAAGCUGAAGCUGUUCAAAUCCCUGCCCAAUCUGAGUGCGAGCAGUGAAAACUUGCUGCCAUAGGCGCGGGGUCCCGUGGAUCGGAUCCCACGAAGGGAGAGAAAGUUCUAAUUAUUUAGCAUGAGGCUGGUCACGCGCUCACACGGCCGUGUGGGGUGUAAAGAGAUAAACGUAAUAUAUUUGUGAUUGUUCGCUAGAGUAAACCAAGCUGUAGAAGAUAUUUUAGCAGGGUUUUAUGCAUUAGCGAUGUGCGGGUACUCGCAUCGCUGGACAUAGAAGCGGGUUGGAUGAUUCGAUGUCCGACGAGUCACCGAAGGAGAUGGAGGUUAUCCAAGACGAUAGCGCAGCAGAAAGAGGGACGAAGCUAAAGCAAAUGGCGCCAAUUUUCCACUUUCCUGUUCUUGUAUUCUCUUUCUUCAGUAGUCACGUGUUAACGUUGAACUUGCAGCCCAACCCGUACUAAAACACACAGCAAUUAUAAAGUCCCAUUAUACAUUUUCCGUGAUUCUGGCGUCGACGACGGGCACGGCCCGCCGUUGGUACUGUACUGUAGAUAAAACUCUAUACUAAUAAUGAAACCCCCAAGUCAUACACCGAUAUAGCGCAAACGGUAGGAAUCUUGUGCCAGAGCUGAUCAGCAUAUGAACCUGGAUGGAUGGAGAUGGAAGCGAUGAACCAAAUUUUAACGAACGUUUGCAAAGAAUGAAUCAGUAGUGCAGGUAUACCCCGGAGCACCGUAAGAAGACGCGCUGGCGUUUUGUCUCCAUCCCACCUUAUGUUGUUCGGUUGAUAAAGAGCGAAGGGAUGGCUAGGUGAUUGAUUACCCCAUCGGAGUUUCUCAUUGCGCAAAGGAACGCGAAAUUAGCAGCAAGGUGUACAUUAAUUCUAGUGAUAACUGACUAAUGAAUAAUUAUUAACGCGAAUAUGUUACUGUUUCAUUUUACUAUUUAAAGUGU